AUGAGAUCGCAAACAUUCCUCGCCGCCGUCAUGGCCAUCUGGGCAGCUGCCCCGGCUUCUGCUCAGACCUACACAAAUUGCAAUCCUCUCACAAGCACCAAUUGCCCAGCCGACACAGCACUUGGCAAAUCAGUAAACAUCGAUUUUACCUCUGGGGAAUCCAGCUCCUUCACCCCUCAGGGCAGCCCAACAUACGAUUCAAAUGGAGCCUCAUUCACAGUAGCAAAAGCUGGUGAUUCUCCACUCAUUGCAUCAAAAUGGUACAUCAUGUUCGGCCACGUCGAGUUCGUGGUCAAAGCGGCUCCCGGGGUUGGAAUUGUGAGCAGCGCGAUCCUACAGUCAGACGACCUGGAUGAAAUCGACUUUGAAUGGCUUGGAUAUGACGAUGCCAAUGUCCAAACCAACUACUUCGGCAAGGGUGAGACGACCACCUAUAAUCGAGGGCAGGCAAAUGCCGCCGCCAGUAAUCACGAUGAUUUCAUUACGUAUGCCAUCGACUGGACAGCUGAUCAAAUCACCUGGCAAGUCAAUGGAGCCACUGUCCGGACUUUGACUCCAGACUCGACUGGAGGGUACCCAUAUCCUCAGACUCCAAUGAUGAUCAAGGUUGGCUCGUGGAGUGGUGGUGACGCUUCAGCAGCCCUCGGUACUAGACAAUGGGCGACAGGUCAAGCUUCGGGCACCGUAUACACCGACUACACCUCCGGACCCUACUCCAUGGUGCUUAAGUCUAUUGCCGCCACUGACUAUUCGACUGGGAGUCAGUAUGAAUACUCGGGCACAGACGGUACAUGGCAGUCCAUCACCGCUGUAAAUGGUAAAGUCGUUUCAACUGGCAAUGGUGAUACUGCAAUCAACGCCGACGUAGCGCCAUCAACCACCGGGACUACCAACGGCCCAAUGCCAUUUCAAGGAACUCAUGCUGAGUCGUCAUCGUCCGUCAUUCAGCCAAACGCGGGCGGAUGGACCCCAACUACGCUUUCGUCAAGCAGCACGGCAACAGUCACAACAUAUCCGGGUCUGCCAGCUGGGUGGACAGUGACAAGUUCUGGCAAAGUCCUUCCGCCAAGUGCGGCAUCUGUAACGUCCCCACAAGUAUCGUCUACUUCAUUGCCAGCGGACUCGCAGCAGGGUUCUCCUGGGGAUGGUGGAUAUGAAGUCGUCACAUCGUAUAAUCAACAAGGAUUUCCUAUGAUCAUCACUCAACCAGCUGGAGCUGCGACUGCGGUGAAGUCAUACAACGAACAAGGUUUCUUGAUCACCGACAGCCCUUCUUUCACGACUCGAGCAUCGCCUACAGCUCUUGCUGACAGUGCUGUAAGCUCGCCUGUUGUUUCUGCGGCGGCUUCCGCCUCUCAAAAGGUCACAAAACUCGUUUCAGCUUCUGCGAAGGCAGGGGCCUGGAAGGCUGCAGACCUUGUAAUUCUAUUCGCGGGCUGGCUCCUGGCCACUUCGCUCAUGCUUUGA